UCCAAAACUCGGCGAAUUCAUCGGCAAAUCUAAAAGGUUCCUUGGAAAUGAAUUAUUUCAUAGCAACCUAUUGUGUGUUUGGCUCACUACCAUUGCUCCAGCAGAUCUGCGUAUUGAUAUUGCAGGCAACACACAUUUUCGUCAACGCGGUUGCUCAUUGCGCCAACGAUGGAUUAUUCUUCAGCUUAACGAUGCAUCUCUGUGGUCAGUUCGAGAUUCUCAAGAUGAAUUUUACCAAGUUCGAGCUGCAGGAAUUUGGCUACCACAAAAAGCUUCAAUUUCUCGUGAAACGACACUGUCAGCUCCUGAUGCUGGCCAAUGAUCUCGAGCAAACCUUCAAUAUGAUCAUUCUUGUGCAGCUAUUGAUGAGCGCUUUAUUAAUUUGCAUCGAAGGUAAAAAUAUGAAAUUGUUACUUCCUCUUUACCUAUUUUCUUCAUUUUCUCUAACUAAGAGUUUUGUGUUCCUGGUCAGUCUGGCCACGAAAGACAACAUCGGUGCAAUGAAAAGCGUCAUUCUGAUGGUGACGUUACUCAUACAGCUGUACCUUUACGCCUAUGCAGGCGACGUUCUCGAGUCUCGAUCCAACGAGAUCGCACAUGGUGUCUACGAUUCGCCUUGGUAUCAAUCUCGAGGACACGUAGCAAGGGAUUUGAUGAUGAUAAUCAACUGCGGCCAAAGAUCGUACCACGUGACAGCUGGGAAAUUCCUCUCGAUGAACAUAUUCACAUUCAAAGAAAUUCUGAGGACAUCAGCUUCCUAUUUGUCCGUUCUGAAAGUAAUGAUGAACACGUGAAAACCGUUUGAUCGCGAGUGCUAUGUAUUUCUUUCGCGACCCUCGAUACAUCUCUCGCGUAACAAAAGCAAUAUUACUGUUAUACGACGAGGAAGAGCAACGAAAUAUUCUUUUACGUAAGACUCAAACCUUCACAAACAUACCUAUGCACGAAGCAUGCUAUAAUCUAUUAAUCAUGAGUAUACAAUGGUUUGGAUUAGUGUAUGUGAAUAAAUAAGAAUUUUUCCAGAGUGCAA